AUGGAAGAUGUGGUUGACAAUGCCAACAACGACAUAGCUGAACAAGAGGAGAGCACAGGCAGCGUCUCCAGCCCACUGUUCUCGGUCAAUAAGCCGAACAAAAGGCUCCGGUCGAAGGGCCGGCCCUGGGCUGAAUGCAUGCGCUGCCACCGGGUCUUCAACUGCACCGGCGCCACUGGCACUACCGGCCUGCGAAAUCACUUGGCCAAGUGCCGCCCUGGGACUCGGAGGAGACCAAGGCAGCAGGAGCUUUCCGCUGACAUGAAUACGAAGAAUCAGUCUGAUGGGGAAAUCGCAUCACCUGAGCAGAAGGACAUCCCUACUGACACGAGUCAAAAGAAUCAGGAGAUUGAUCAGGACGGUUCUCAUGAAGAACUCAUCGGGAUAUUGGCCAUGCACGGGCACCUACCAAGGAUGACAGAGCAAGAUGGAUUCAGAAAGUUAGUUGCUUGGUUGAAUCCUACGGUCAAGGUGUCAUCCCACUGCGACCUGAUGGUCAACACUCAAAACUUGUUUCAGAAAGAAAAAUCUAAGCUGAAGGAGAAUUUAACAUCCUUAUGCAGUCGUGUUUGCUUGAGUGUAUAUAUGUGGCACUAUGAUCCAGUGUUGGCAUUCUUGUGCUUGAGAGUUCACUACAUCAAUCAUGAAUGGGAGAAGCAGGAGGAGGUCAUCGCAUUCCGUGCUGUGGAUUCCUCUUGCAAUGCAAAGGAAUUGAGUGAUAUCAUAUCGGGAGCUAUUGGACAAUGGGGUCUUCAUGGCAAAAUUUUCAGCAUUAUACUGGAUGAUGCAUUCAUUGAUGAUUCAGUGGCUUCAAAUGUCAAAGCCAUCCUCCAGGAAUGGAACCCACUCGCUGCGAAUCGGAGCUUGUUUGUAGUACUUGAUCAGGUUAUUCAGGUGGGAUUGGAUGAGCUUGACAAAAUGUUCCAAGCAUGCAAACCGUCCUACCCCUUCAGCAGUACAGUAUCCCAAUUGCAGAUAUGCACCAUCAAUGGAAGUGUGGGGAAUAGCAAAAAGAAUUUGUGA